AUGACCUUUUAUAUAAGCCCUACCUCUUCAUUAGCCACCUACGCGCUACGGAGUGCUACGGUAUUGGCUACAGGUCUCCGUAGGCCUGAUACGCGCCUACGCACUGUCUACGUAACUCCGCCUACUGCCAACUUUGUCAAAGCUGUUUGGAAUAUACAAUUUUAUUGUAGAAGACAAAUUUAUUGUAAAAAGAAAAGUCAGGACCUGUAUGAGAUAUCUAAUGACAGCGACGUGGAUACAAGAGUAGACACCUGUUCGACGUGGUUCGAGACAUACGGACAUAAUCUUCUACUAUCAACAAACACGAAAUGGAUCGCAAAGGCAACAGAACGAGCCGACCGGGGAACGCAGUCACAAAGAUCUUCGCACUGCUGCUCAUUAUAUGCCUUGUCGAAUGUGCUACAGGUAUAG